AUGGAGCCCAAUUGGUCCCAUACUCACAAGAAUGUGAAUUUGUCUGUUGGUUCUUCGGUAACCAUCAGGGGGAUUGUUAGCAAUACGUUCAGAAAGGACCCUCAGCUGCAGGUGGAUUUCCACACUGACCGGGACCCCACAUCUGACAUCGCCUUCCACGUCCGCGUGUACUUUGGCCACUCUGUGGUGUUGAACAGUCUGCAGGACGGGGGCUGGAGAACCGAGGUGACGUCCCACAAGAUGCCCUUUCAGGAAAACCAACCAUUCAAACUGCGCUUCUUGGUGCUGAACAAUGAAUACCAGGUGAUAUUAAAUGACGAGCACCUCUACAGCUUCAUCCAUCGCGUCCCACAGAGUUCUGAGAAGAUGGUAGAGGUGUGGAGAGAUGUCCUCCUCUACUCCAUGGAGGUCUCCUAG